UAUCUACUCUCCCUGGUCAGACGCCUUCGUUGGUACCGUCUCCUACUUGUAUCAGGUACCGUUUGGCUGACUUUCUUCCAUCUUCCAAGCUUUCUCUUCAGCUAAGUACCCCAGUAGUACUGCAGAAGCAGCAGCGACACCGCGAAAAUACUAUCUUCAUAGAAUCUAUGUCAAAAAUUUAAUUUUUUAAUUUUUUUUCUUGUAUUUAACUGUGUCAAAUAUAGUUUUUUUGAUAUAUUUUCAUAAUUAUGGCUUACGGAUAUCCGUUUUACUAUGCGUAUUUGAAAUAUAUACUGUUCGCUGGUAUCGUGGCAUCUUUGCCAGUUGUGGCCCUGAUUUUCCUGAAGGUUUUCCAGAAAAUCACGGUGGGAAGAUGCAGGAGUAUGGUGUGUUUGGUCGGGAAGACAGUAUUGGUCACUGGGGGAUGCUCUGGUCUAGGCUUCCAAACUGCCAUGGUUCUGGCUUCCAGAGGCGCCAAAGUAAUUCUAGCCGAUAAAGUCGAUGGCAACAAAGCUAAAAACAAGAUUAUAGAGAAAACACACAACACGAACGUCGUUUUCAAGCUUCUAGACUUGGCUUCCCUUGCCUCUGUCAGGAAGUUUGCCCAAGACAUCAACUCGAACGAAGAAAGAUUGGACAUCCUGAUUAACAAUGCCGGUGUUGGAUCCGUGGGGAAUAAACACACGGAAGAUCAAUUGCACGAGACGAUGCAGAUUAACCAUUUUGGACCGUUUCUGUUGACCCAUUUGUUGACAGAUUUACUGAAGAAAUCUGCUCCAAGUCGGAUCAUAUUCGUCAGUUCAGCUGCAGCGUUCAUUAGCGACCUCACCGUGGACAACCUAAACUACCCCAAAAACCACCCGAUGUCCAUCUACAGAAACCAGCUCAUCUAUGGCAAUUCCAAGCUGUGCAACAUCAUCACAGCCAAUGGCUUCGCCGAAAGGUUGAGAGACAGUGGCGUCACGUCGAACUCCCUGCACCCCGGCAUGGUCAACACCGAUCUUUACCUGAAAUCUGCCAAAUUUUUGGGAAUCAAGUCGUUCGCGAAAGUUUUUCGAGCUUUAGUCGUGCUUACUUAUGGAAAGUCACCGGAAGAAGGCGCUCAAACAAUUCUACACGUCGCUCUUUGCAACAAAUUGAAGAAAGUGACAGGCAAGCAUUUUUGGGACUGCAGGAUGUUUCCUACUCCACCCGGUACAUGGAACAAGAAAUUUGCCGAGGCCAUCUGGGACAAAAGCGAGGAACUAGUAGGCCUAAAACAAGAAGAAAAAUGCAAAGACGAAUGAGUUAUUAGUUAAUAAUACCGGUAUGAUCGAAAAAAAACGGCGUCGUGUUGGCUUGGCAAUGUCGAUCUUCAUUUCAAAGCCUUCACUGACGCCGGUUUUUUUUCUCGAUUAUAUUGUAUUAAUUUUAAACCAGAGCGGUUGUAUUAUCAUCUAUUAUCUGUUACCUGUUUUUAGAUAUUUAUUAUUUUGUUCGAUCUAGAUAUAAUAUAUUGAAAAAUAUUCUAUGAUUCAAAAAUUUUAAUUAAAAAAAUAUUUUGGUGUCUUAUAGAAGUUUAUUACUUUUAUUAGUACUAUAAUUAUAAGAAUUGUUGUUUUCUUGUGCUUUGUUUAAUAUUUAUUUGCUUUACGCUUUAUUUUUAGCAUUCAAUGCAAUAUAGUUUUAUGCAUUUGAUAGAGUUUUUAGUUUCUUCCA